UGAAGGCGGAAGUAAGGCCCUAGCGCGCUCAAUGGAACCGCUCUUGCAGCACCUGGAGCGGUUCUCCGAGGUUCUGGCUGUCUCCCGCACGACCCACGUCAGCACCUGGGACCCCGUGACCGUGCGCAGGGCCCUACAGUGGGCUCGCUACCUGCGCCACAUCCACAAGCGCUUUGGCCGCCAUGCCCGCAUUUGCAAGGCGCUGGAGCGGCGACUGCAAAACCAGUGGAAGCAGCAGGGCGACUCUGGGCCUGCUCCAGCCCCGGGGUUGGCGAACUUCCAGGCCUUGGGGCUCUGCGACCAGCUGCUGUCCCUGCGACUGCUGGCGAACCCGGCCCUCGGGGAUGCCUCCUUUCACUACCUGCUGCAGCAGCUCUUUCCCGGCCCUGGCAUCCCGGACGCCGAGGAGGAGUCUCUCCAAGGCAGCCUGGCCCGCCUCGCCCGCCGCCGGGCCGCUCUUCACAUGCUGCGCUUCAACGCCUAUGGAGAGAACCCGGCCCUUCAGGAGGACCCACUGAUGAAGACCCAGGCGGAGCUGCUGCUGAGGCGUCUGCAGGAGGUGGGGGAGGCCGAUGCAGGGGGCCCUGGUAGGCUUCUCAGCAGCCUGUGGGAGCGCUCGCCCCAGAACAACUUCCUGAAGGUGGUAGCGGCCGCGCUGUUGCUGCCGCCGUCUUCUCCCCGGCACCAAGAAGAGGAAUUGAAACUAGGCAGCCCCAAAACUCCGGGAGAGGAGGGUCAAGAGCUGCUUCGCUGGCUUCUGGGGAAAUCGGAUGUCAUGGUUGCUUUUUGCCGCAGCCUCUCAGCCGGGCUUUUAACUUUGGUGGCGGGGCGCCAUCCAGAGCUCUCCCGGGUCUAUCUGGGCCUGCUAACAGACUGGGGUCGACAGCUGCACUACAGCCUUCAGAAAGGCCUUUGGAUUGGAACUGAAUCCCAGGAUGUGCCCUGGGAGGAGUUGUUGAGCAGGUUUCAAAGCCUCUGUCAGGCCCCUCCACCUCUGAAAGAUGAAGUUUUUACUGCCCUGAAGUCCUGUAAGGCUCAAGAUGGAGAUUUCGAAGUCCCUGGUCUUAGCAUCUGGACAGACCUGUUGCUGUCUCUUGGGAGUAGUGCGUGAUAUUGCAUUUGGGCAGAGACAAGUUCUCAGCCUAGGCCCCAGUUCUCUAUGGGCAACGUUCUGUAACUGAGCAAUCGAAUAUACGGUUUACAAAAUUAAAAUCCCAGUGUUCUCGCCUAAUGUCCUGUACUUUGAUGUGUCCAAAAUAUUAUUGUAGGUCCUAAUAUAUAAUAGGUGUAAUUGUAACUUAAUUACAGAUAUGUAAGUAACUGGCUUGUAGUGCCAUGGAUUUACUGUUUAGAGGAGGUAACAUUGGAAAUAUCCUACCUAAAGCCAUGGAGUUAAUAGUUUGCAUUCUAGAAGGCGCAUUUCUAAUAACGUUGAAAAGAUAUGUGCUUGUCAAAGAAAAUGCAGCUUUAAAGUGACAAACAAGACACCUUUUUUAAUAUUAUUAAUGCCUUACUUUUGCAGGUUUUUCUUGGGUUUUUUUUAAAUCCCCAGAAGUGAUUUCUCUAACCAACAACACGUGCUGUCAGAAAUGGUUUGGAAAGCCAACUGGCCUAGUUGGACUUUAAACCCUGGACUUUGGCCUUGUUAACCUAACGUUCUAACCAAUUAACCAGCGUCAACAUGUAUUAAAAUUGUGUUAUUCAGAAAUUUUGUUUCUCAUUUCUGUGCAUUGAAAGAUCAUACAGUAAUUUAAAGCAUUGACUUAAGAAAAAAUUUUACAGCAUGGUAAAUACAAAUAUAUGCCUUUGGAAUAUUAAUUUAGCAUUUGAUGGUAAAAGAAAACAAACUUCUGAAUUAGUGCUGCUUCUGCCAUUGACUAGGUUAAUAAAUCACAACCUUGGUGUUACAGUUGCCUCAUGUUGAAUGAAGUGUUGAGACUAAAAUAGUCAAAUUCUCCCACUUUGUCCUUGUUGGCUGCCCUAUGGGGACAGUUUAGAAUAUUUGUUUAGUGUGUGUAGGAACCUAAUUUUGUGAGUUUACCCAGAUGCUCCACUACCAGCAGAGUGAUUACCAAUCACCAAACUUAAGAAUGAUUUAUUCAUUUUUAUUAGGGGGAAUAUAACUUUCUGUUCAUCAAGAUUUUUUUUUCCAUAACCAAGUUAGUUGGUUGCAAGAUUCUUCUAAUUCCAGAAAUGGAAUUAGAGCAAAAGGAGUUGUAUAAUCUUGUAGAAUUUUUUAUUCUAUAGUGAAACCUGGAGUAAACUACUGUUCUGCUAGCAAGUACACUUUUCCAGAUGAUCCUGGGUUAACACAAGCAAGUUUGUAUUUCCUGUGGUUUGAUUCCUUUUUCUAGCUCUCAUCCAUGUAGACCAUCUUUUAGAUUUAAUUUGCCAUUAAUGCAGGAAGAAAGGCAAUUCCUUCUGUUAGUUACCUGAAAGUCUUUUUUCAGGAAGCAUAACCCAAUGAAGAGUUCUGCCCACACAAGUCAUAAUAUUGACCCAUAAACCUAAGUCCCAUAACCCUAACCUUUAGCUUUAAAGAAUGACAGUUUGUAAACUUAUUUCCCUAUUUCUGCUGCAAUAUUGCACACUCUUUUUCAAGAUAAAAUGGUAAAAAUUGUUAUAGACUUCAGUAAAAAAAAAUUUUAAAUCUAUUUUUAUACUCACCAUAUCUUAUUUUAGGCUCCAUGCUAUGUUCAUUGCAUAGAUAACCAUAUUUAAUCUUCACAUCAAGACUGUAUUGUUAUAAAUCAAGAUACAAGCUAAAGAAGAUUAACUACAAUGCCCAAGGGCACACAGAAAAUAAGCAACAUGAGAGCAGAAGCCAAUCUGUUAUUUUUUUCCCCCAGAGCCUAGCACAGUGCCUGGCAUGUGGUAGAUACUCCAAAUGUUUGAAUAAAUGAAGCCAGGAUUAGAACCUUAAUCUAUAUUCUUAACAACAGUAAAAUUUUUUUUUUUUUUGACCAUGCCACGUGGCUUGCGGGAUCUUAAUUCCCAGAGGAGGGAUCGAACCUGGGCCCAGCAGUGAAAGUCCCGAGUCCUAACUACUGGACCAGCAGGGAAUUCCUCUUAAUCUGUAUUCUUUAUCUUGUUUUAAACAAGGUUAAAGACUUGAAGAGGUGUUAUUGAAUAUAGAAAUCUUACUAUCACUCUGAAUCUAUAGGAAGAGAGAAAAAAUGAGAGGAAGAAAUGGGAAAUUGAAUAAAUAAAUUCAAGAUUCUUAUGAGCCAGCAGAUAAAAUGACUGCAUGUGCCUGUUGUUUUUUGUUAGUAUUAGUUGAGGACAAAUAUCUCAAUGCUUUCUGAAAACUUCCCUUGGACUGAGUGUAUAUCUAUUGAGUGUAUUAGAAUGUUUUAAAUCUAAAUGCUGUUGUCCAUGUGCUGGCUGCUUAUUAAAGUUCUGAUUCUAAUGGAAAAUGUGUAAGAUUUGGCUUUGAGUACAUAAAUAAGGCUAUGCAUUUGUAUGGUG